AAGAUUCUAAUACCGGAAGUAGUCGUCAGACUUCACAAAUGAAAGUACCAGCAGAUAGCCAAGGUGUAAAUCAACAUGCUGAUGAUCAGAAUCAAUCUGUAUGUACCACUGGUGUAAAUCAACAUGCUGAUGAUCAGAAUCAAUCUGUAUGUACCGCUGGUGUAAAUCAACAUGCUGAUGAUCAGAAUCAAUCUGUAUGUACCACUGGUGUAAAUCAACAAGCUGAUGAAUAUCAGAAUCAAUCUGUAUGUACCGCUGGUGUAAAUCAACACGCUGAUGAAGAUCAGAAUCAAUCUGAAUGUACCACUGGUGUAAAUCAACAUGCUGAUGAAGAUCAGAAUCAAUAUAAUCAAUCUGUAUGUACCACUGGUGUAAAUCAACAUGCUGAUGAAGAUUGGAAUCAAUCUGUAUGUACCACUGGUGUAAAUCAACAUGCUGAUGAAGAUUGGAAUCAAUCUGUAUGUACCACUGGUGUAAAUCAACAAGCUGAUGAAGAUCAUAAUGUACGUUCUGCUAGUAUUUUGGAAAGAGACAACCUUGGCUAUUUACCAGCUGAAAGUAAUGUGAAAGAGGCAGACCAACUUCCUGUCAUCAACAAUCCUGAAAUUUUUAUUAAAAAGUACCAUAAAAAGGCAAAUGAUGAGUUUAAGCUGGAAAGGACAUACGACAGGAGACAUUCUUGCAAAUUCUGUGGAAAACUUAUGACAAAUAUUCAAAGCCAUUUAGAACAUGCACAUAAAAACUCAGAAGAAAUAAAGCAAAUUUUUGAUAUUAAGAGAAUAUUGGAAACAGUAAGUGAGGAAGAAAAUAGUCCCCUCUUAUUCAAGCUCAACCAACUUCAGACAUUACUUAGAAAUCAGGGUAAUCAUAAUCAUAACACCAAGGUAUGUCAGCAGAAAAAAGGUGAAAUUAUCCUCAGCAGACGUCGUGAAAGUGAAACAUUUGAUCUGGCGAAAUAUGGGCCCUGUCCAAGAUGUAUGGAAUGGAUUAUAUUUGAUAAUCUAACCAAACACAAAAGUAAUUGUCCACUUAAUAAAUUCUCCGAAGCAGAUGACUAUACUCAGGGAACAACAGUCAUCCAGUCAAAAAUCAUGAAGGGUCAAAUCUGGACUAAACCUUCUAAAAGGUUGCUGAAAGAAGUAUUCCCAUCCAUGAUGAGAGACAAAGUAACAGAUGUCGCUCAAACUGAUCAACUAAUUGUGUCACAGCCCUUAAAGUAG